GAGCUCGGGAUAAACCACUGUUUUCAUUUCUCCCUGAACUUCCUGCAGUCAUCCUCAAUGUUCAGGAUUUCGUUGUCUAAGGUUCCAUUGACUCGCCUUGUCUUCCCUCCCAUUCAAAAUGCUCAGACUAGGACAGUCACCACAACAGUGACAGAUGCCGUUUCUCGGAGGCCUGACAUUCCGAGUCCGAGAGUGCCAGGCAAGAUAUCUACACCGCAAGAUUUUCUUAAAGCCAUUGGUCGUUCGUCAGAGACCAAAAUAUCCAUAGACAGCUGGGACGCGUUCUGGCGUACAUCAGGAUGGGAUAUGAAGAAUGCUGGGUUGAGCAUCCAAGACCGAAGGUAUAUUCUUUGGUGCAUGGAAAAGUUCAGGCAGAACCAACCGAUAGAAACGUUUGCACAUGAAGUGAGACCCAAGAAGAAAAUACGAGGUCGAGGUCCCGCUGUUCAAUUCGGAAAGCGCAUCCGCUCACGGAGAGAUCGGUAAUUCCGUACCGUACUCCAGCUUAAUUUCGCCCUCUGUUCAUUACACGCAUAUUCUGAAUCAUUCAACGACCUUUGUUAAUCUCCGUCAGCUGUUGGAGCUAUCUAGCUCUCAUAACAAGACUCCAAUUCCUCGAGGCCAGGGUAAAGACUUAUUUUGACACACUUUUGGUUUCUUGGUUUGUUCGGAAUUCCCACGAGAC